GGGGGUGGGUGGCUGCGAAGGGGACUAAGAAAAAGCAGAAAUUGAAGCAGGAUAGGGUGACCACCAGUGCUCCUGCUCUGCGCUCGGGACGCGGAGCAGCGGCGGCGGCGCUGGCCUGAGGGGCGAGGGAGAGCAGCGCCUGCUGGGCCUCAGGCCCGAUGAGCAGCGACCUUCCCGCUCCGCCAGCAGCGAGUCCCCUCAGGCCUUCCCGGGCAUCCUCCCCGGGCCCUGCUGCCCUCAGCGAGCCCACCCGCUUCGCCUGCCGCCCUGCGCCGGAGAGAUUCGCCUUCCUUUCCCUCAGCCACAUCAUGAAGGCAAAGGAGAGCACACUGCAUUCUAAAGUGCCUUUGGUGCUGUGCUUGGAAAUUUUGGAGUUUCUGGGCAUCUUCUUAAUGUGAGAAAGGCUCUGACCAAGCCACGGAAAGCCCUGCAGAGGUUUUGAACAACUUUGGUUUUCGUGACAAUGGAAUUUUUCCUCCCCACGAUGGCAAGAAAGAACCUCUUCCUCAGCCUCCUGCUCUGCUACAGCCUGUUCAGAGCUGCUGAUUCCCACUUGGUCAUUGAGGAGAAGACAGAAUGCAACCUGUCCAGAAGGAGCAAAAUGGACCUCUCAGAUCUUCCACCCAUCUCCAUAGUAGAUUUAACUAGAAAAUCCCAGAAAGUCAGCAGGAAAGAGGCAGAGAACAAGAAAUCUUCCAAGAAAAACGCUAAACGCAAGGUAUCUCCAAAGCCAAGGCCCCCACCUGCUGCUAACUGUGUACCAACCUUCAAAACCUGCAAGCCACACUUGAAUUCCUGCUGUCACUACUGUGCUUUGUGCAAGUGCCGGAUUUUCCAGACAAUCUGCCAGUGCCUGAUGUUAAACCCCAAGUGCUAAGCCAAGUCAGAAACACAACAAGCCUUCUGUCUUUCAUUAGCUUCUCAAGUGGAUAUUUCAAAUUGUCCUGUGUGUAUAGUAAUCAAAAUAGAGAGCUCUGAAGCUUGAAUUUUCCCCUCUUAAAAUUCAGUGGACAGUCUUUAAUAUGGGGUUAAUGUUGGCACAAACUGGAUGUUAUUCUGGGAGCAGAUAACCAGAGAGAUAGGCAUUGAUUAGGCAUUUUUAGCAGAAGAGCUGUGUUUUAUGAUGAAUUCUGGAUUCCUGUGGGUUUUGAGGGUUAUUUGAAGGGUCAUAUUAAUGCCAGUCUGCAGAAUUGUCUAACCAGCACCACCAAACCUGCCCCCAUGACAGCCAAAUGGCCACUAAGACAGGACUGGUUGGGCCAGUGGGGGACUAGAGCUUGGCUUUCCCUGCAGGGGGAAAAAAUACUUCAGCACAGCCAAAGUAUCAGGCUGAAAAUGCAGGGCUUGGGGUGAAGUCCAUUUUCACAUAUUCAACAAAAAUCAGGACAAGAAUAACAAUAACAAGGUUAUUCCACCUGAAAAGAUGGACCCAAGGCUAUAAGGACAUUUUUUAAUCAUUCUCAACUAAGCAUCCACCUUCAGGGGUUUUGGUCAUUCUGCCACCAGGCAGUAACUCCAGGGGGUAUGGCAUGCCUAUAUUUUUGAAAUCUAAAUGUAUCUGUGCCUUGGAAUAUAAAGAUUAGAUUUUUUUUUCACCCCCCCCCCAUAUCUGUAGGAAUCAACUCCUCAGCCCUUCUUCUCCUGCUGCCAAGGACACUGCAUGUACAGAUCCCAAAAGCAGGAAGAUAUAUCUGGGACUUUGAGGAAGAAAGGAAUGAUCAAUAAAAGAUGAAUGUAUAUCCCACAUGUAUAUCUUGAAGCAAACCACUCCAAGCAAUCAAUCCUUUUCUUUGCCCUUUCUUGCUGGAGGAACUUCCACAACCAUCUCCAAGGAUGAAUUCAGGUGAGAAUGUCCAAGUGCUGCAGAAACCAGGGGAAAAAAUACAUCACGUGCUGUAUCAACACUUAAAGGCUCAGAAAGAGAUGGCUGAAGCUCAAGGCAACAGAAGAUUUCUUUCUCUUGUUCUUGAAGCUCUUUGCCUUAAAUCUGAGAUACAGGAGGAAAACCCUUCUUGGUUAAACUCCCAGGAGAGCAAGGAGGGAGCAUACCCAGAAAAUGUCCCUGACAUCAAGGACUUUUUAUCUGCCAGGCUCCAGCUCUUGCUUUUUACCUCCUCUGUUCUGUACCUACAGUGUCUCUCCCCUGCUCCCUUAUGCUCCUUUUUCUUCUGUUCUUCUUCCUUGUUUUUAGCCAUUUCCCUUUAUCCCACUGCUAUUCUUUGUUACCACAGGAGCACUCGAGGCCUAACCCACAUCUCCCCUGUUCUCUCCACCUGCCUGCACCAGGGUCCCUUCCAGUGCUCUUUAGCUUUCACAACCAGAUUUUUUCUAGCCAUAAAUUUCUAAUCCAAAUCAGGAAUUUUCUAAUCCCCUGUGCAGGUCUGUUUAAGAAGACAGUUGCUUCCUAAUUUAUUUCUAAACACAGCUGAGGGCUCCAAACAUCUUCUAGGCAGAAAAAGAUGACACAGAUGACACUCCAAAGGGGCUCAAGCCAUAUAAAGGGUUUUUUUUAGUUCUAAUUAUCAGUCUAAAGCCCAGAACUCUAAACUAAGGUCAGAUAUUGACAGAAAUUUUUGUUCAUACUAGAUAUAUAUAUAUAUAUAGUUGUCAGAUUAAUCUAAGAAAGAGCCCUAAUAAUGACAGAAUGUCAUUGUGUUCCUUACAUUUUAUAAAGCACAUCAAUUGACAUGUCUGAUAUAAGCUUGAAUUCUUGUAAAUAUAUGUGUGUCUUUAGUCAGAUUUCUUGGGUCAGGAAUCUGGAAGCUACUCAGUUAUUAUGAAAAAGAAGAUGAGAAGGAACAACAAUACAUUAUAAUGGAAUUUAGAAUGUGGCUCCUUCUUUUACUAGGUAGUUUCAAAAUUCAAAUUGUUUCAAAAUUCUCAUAACUAUAACAAGCUGUUGUUGAUUGAUACUAAAAACAUACCAAUAAUCACACUACUUCUUAUGUGGAAACGAGAUAAUUUUCAUACCAGGAAGUGCAGCUGGUCAUAAAAAUUAUAUUUUACCAUGGUCAAGGGGAGUGGGAGCAAAGGGAAGGAAGGAGAGCCAGAAAUCCAACAAGCAGCUGCUCUCAACUGCAGCUCCUACUCCAGCUUUGCAGAACCUCAGAAUGGCUGAGGUCAGCAGGGACCUCUGGAAGCCAUCCAUCUGGACCUGCUUGCCCAGGACCACAUCCAGGCUAAUUUUGACAUCUCCAAGGAGGGAAACUCCACCACCUCCCUGGGCAACCUGUCCCGAUGCUCAGCAACCCUCAGUCACCAUUAAAACCAGAAAAAGAAAUGUUUCCUAAUGCUUGACUCUCUCCAGUGUGCUCCUGUCUCUCUAGCACUGGGGAGCCCAAACUGGACACAGCAGUCCAGGGAUGAGCUCCACAGUGAUGAGCAAGGAGGGAUCCCCUCCUCGACCUGCUGGUGACAAUGUUCCCAACACAGCCCAGGGCACUGUUCACCUCCUGGUGACUCUUGGUCAGCUUGGUGCUCACCAGGUGCUCCAGGGCCUUUCCUGGCUCCCUGCUGGGUGUCCCCUGGAGUGUCCUGGGCUUGCUCCUCCCCAGGGGACAGGACUUUGUGCUCCUCCUUGUUGAGCUGUCCAGCCUGCCUCAACCCCUCUGGACAGCAGCACAUCAGCCACUCCUCCCAGGCCUGUGAGCCUGGACACCUCUGAGGGCGUCUGCCCCAUCGUCCACAUCAUUGAUGGAGAUGUGGCACAAACUUGGGGCUCUCAGACAAGGGAAUCAAAGUGCCAAGAUCCACCCAAGGACCCACAGACACGGCAGCUGAGCCAGACAAGACAGGAUGGUGCAUGUAGGCAAUGAAGGAAAAGGAAAAAAGCUGUCAACGACUGUAAGGGAAUUUGUUUUUUAACAUAUAUGCACAUACUUUUUAAUACAGCAUCUAUCUGUAGUGUAUUUUUAAAUCUGAUUUAUUAAUAAGUCUUCUUUAUAACUGGAAUUUAUUAGAAAGAGGCUUUGCUUUCUUUGCAGUUCAUCUAUCAGACCAGAGAAUACAUAUAAUCAAGUACUCUGAAAUUGUUAUUAGCCUUAGUGAAUUGGUAAAGAUCACAUUGCAUGAGGUAUUGACACAGGAUGCAGAAAUCAGCAAAAUAUGUACACCAAAUAUUUGCUUCAAUGUAUUUAGUUUGAGCAGUUAUUUAUAGUGAGGGGAUGUUUGUCAGUGCAGGAGUCCCCCCGGGGUCCCAUCUGAAAUGUCAUCAGCACACAGAUGAUAAAACAUGCACAUGACAAAGAUGGAGUAUGUCAUUUUUACCUGUCACACACCAAAAUGUCUCCACUGAAAACUUACUGGAAUUCAAGAGUAGAGACUGUCCCAGGAAUGCUCUGUGACAGAGCUAUUGUCCUCCUAGAGACUAAUGGAAAUUUUACCCCAAUUACAGGUUAGUGGGAUGAAACAGAAAUAAAUCAGUUAGCUUCUCCACA